AUGCAGCGGGAUUCAUUCCUGAGUCCUGAGGCACCUCCAGCGGAUGCUGGGCCAAAUGAUACGGGCAGCAAUUCUGGGGAUGUCAAAGUAGUUGUCCGGCUGGCAAUGGUUGCAUGGCUGGUUGCAUGCCUUGUUGUCCGGGUUGUGCUGGAUGCGGAUGCUGCGGUGGCUGCCCUGGUUGUGGCUGCAUGGGUUGUGGUUGCCCUGUCAGCCAUGAACCCAAUGGCGGCAUUAUUGCAGCAACAGCAGCUGGCCAUGAUGAUGUCGCCCAUGGCCGGCAUGAUGCACAUGAACCCCAUGGCCAGCAUGAUGCACAUGAACCCCUUGGCUAUGGGAAUGAUGCCGACGGCGGCUGGACAAAUGGUUGCACCCGUGGAUCCGAAUGCUCUCGUUGCGCAGCAGGAAGAACCCCUGGAGGAAGAGGAAGAAGAAGAUCCGUACCCGCCGGGACCAUCCCCGAACAUCAACCAUCCACAUUACCGGCCGCCGGACAUGGAAGUGGUACCAGGUCUGACGGACAGACGGUUCGUGGGCGUGAUGUACUUAUGGUUCGAGGACAAGGGCUUUGGGUUCAUCGAAUGCCCAGACAUCACCAAAAAGUUUGGGCAAGAUGCGUUCUUGCAUCGAACCCAGCGCAAGAACUUCAAACGAGGGCAGUAUGUUUCGUUCUCUGUUUACCUCAACUACCGAGGGAAGCCGCAGGCCACGGAGCUUCGGAAGGCGGAAAAGCCGACGCCGGAGAACAAGA